AUGGAGUUUUCAAGAAACCUUACCUACAAAGAGAUUCACGAGCGAUUCGUGAGUGAUCUAAACGGCACAUCAUUGAUGGAAGUCAGCUUGGUUGCUAGCACCGCGCCAGUAGCGGUUAUUUUAAGGACAUUCAUGUUCAGUCUGCUGUUUUUGAACGAGAAAGCGAAGCUGUCAAGAUGGUUAUUUUGCUUGUAAGUCUCUUCAGGUUAAUUUUCGGUUAUGCACCUAUCACCGGUUAUUCCUUUGGGGUGGGGGUGCGGGGGGAGGGGGAGCAAGGAAGGGGGACUUUGUAAAGGACCGUGUGAAAGUGCCUGAUUUCCCCCUUCUAGAUGGGGACACAGAGCAAUCCAAGUUUAAGAAAUUCCCCCUCCAAUAGGGCUAUCAUAUUUAGCAAUUAUUCCUCGAGCCCGAAUGGGCUCUGAUUCAAUAGCCCAUGAGGCCGAAGGCCGAAUGGGCUAUUGACUCAGAAGCCAUGAGGGCGAGAAGAAUAAUGGUUUUAGUAAAAUCCAACUAGUUGGUAAAAAAUAUCGAGAAAAAAAAAAGUUUAGUUACUUAAAGCUAGCCUUUAAUCCUUUUUUGCCACCAAAAAGCCCGCGCUUUUCGCUACUAGUGGGCUAUAACAUAUAGCCUAGUAGCUUUGAUAAUAGACCACUAGCUGGAUUUUACUAAAAACUUAUAUUGAACAACAUGCAACCAUAAUAAACUUGAGAUGCCAUUAUAUUGACCCAGCUCAGCUGAUUAGAAAAUAGUACUUUUCCCUCAAAUUGAUGUACAUAACAAAACCUGAGAUUACUCAGUUCCCCAAGUCUGCCUUUAUUUCCACCACUGGGGAGAGAUCAGCCCGCAAUCUUCUGGACAAGUGGCUGACAUGUAUAUAGCCUUAAUUUAAGAGCGCGUGAAAUCGACUGAAUUUCUUUGUAAAAAGCCCCCAGUUUUGCCCAUGGUACAAGGUUGUUGUAAGCCAGACUUCUUUAUUUCCCCCAUCUCCAAGGUACAGCAAUCUGUCAAAUUCCCCUAGAAGUCCCCAGACAAAGUUGUAUUUGCCCAAGGUUCCCCCUAAGGAAUGGCCAAUGAUAGGCUUAUUUUUGAGCAGUUAACAAGUUGCCAAGCUCUUUUUUAAAAGGACACUUCUUUUAUUUUGCAGCUUGGUUUUUGUGUUGGAUUUCUCCACUUUAAUUGUUCCUGUUCUUCUUGGUUGCACUGUGCUCGCUGAUUACAUCAUCCUGUUAAUUGCCACUUGUUUAUCUCUAUCACUAGGAGUAUUAGUUCUCUGCUCUGCGAGAAGUUACAGAGAGCAAACACAUCUAAACUCUCAAACUAUUCUUUCUUUUGAUAUGUCUGGGAAAAGACCCUUUAUUGGCAACUUCAGGGCAUAUGUCUUGAUUGCCACUGCCAUAGCUAUACUGGCAGUCGAUUUUGUCAUCUUUCCCCGGCGUCUUGCAAAAGCUGAAACUUUUGGAAGUGGACUCAUGGAUGUUGGAGUGGGAUCAUUCAUAAUUUCAAAUGCUAUUGUAUCACCAGAGGCAAGAGGUGUUUCCACAGGCAAUACCGGCUUUAUUUCACCAGUUAUAAGGUCUCUAAAGUCAUCUUUACCUCUGCUAGUGCUUGGAAUUAUGCGGUUCAUUUCAGUGAAAGGUUCAGAUUAUCAGGAACAUGUCAGUGAAUAUGGCACUCACUGGAACUUCUUCUUUACCUUGGUUAUUGUGAGGGUGAGUAGAUGGUGUUAAAAAUGAUGAAAAGGGAAUAUUUUUUGUUGAUGUUGAAAGUGCACUUAGCUGUCUAGUCUAGCUCAUUUACAGGCAUUCCACCAAAAUAUCUUAUUAUUCAUAAAAAUUACAGAACAUAAUAUAAAGGUUGCAACACAUCAGGUGACAAGUUGCAGUGACAUGUAAUGGUGACAGGGCAUUCCUUGUGUGCAGGUUGGGCAACUAGUCGCAGCAACACGUUGCAGUGACACGUCACAGCGAAAAAAUCACUUCAUGUGUACAGGAGAAUUUUCAUGAAAAUCUUUAUCUCUGUAACAAAAUUUUCAUCGCUGCAACAAGUCGCAAAAAAUCAAAUCAGACUAAAUUUGUACCACUUGUUGUGGCUACAAAAUUUUGUCGCAGAGAUGAAGAUUUUCGCAAAAAUCUUCCAGUACACAAGAGGUGGUUUGUCUCUGUGACAUGUUGCCACGACUUGUUGGUGCAACUUUUUACCUAGUGUGUAUUAACCUUAACAGAAUUAAAACACAAAACUGACAGGAGGCAACCAGCUGGUUAUUUACAAGUACAACUGAGGAUUUGAACUCACGACAACCGAGAAACAAAUCCAGCCAGUGAUAAGCCCAUAUCAUCAACCAAUAAGGUCAAUAAACAGUUGACUCAUGUUAUUGCUGACACCCAGUAGUGAGAGUCUGUAAUAGUGGGGUAUGAGAGAAAAAAUUGUUUUGUCUUUAAGCUUAUGAAAUAAUAUGUAAAAGUCACAGGAGAAAUGAUCAGGUCACAAGAAGGACAUUCUCAUGUUUGCCCCUUAGAAUGGUUUCUUUAUGUUGCUUUAUUGUAAUGCUGCUGUAUAUUUUGUGAGUCAGGGUUUUUGACAAAGUACUCAUAGGUGUCCACUAUAGUGAGAGAAAAAACAAGUGAUAUGUUGCACUGGGGGGAUAGGAAAUUGUCUGCAUUUCCAUAAAAGCGAAGGUCCAUAAUAAUGGGAGUUUUCUUUCAAUCUGUUUAGCCAGGGGGCUUGCUCUUGUCCACAAUAGUGGGGUGGUGGUGUCAAUUCAAUCACCAGAGAACUGGCUUACACCUCUUCAGUACCAUCAACUGCCACUUAACCAUUGUUACUUUCUUGUUCUGUUUCCUUUAUAUCUCAUUUUCUGGGGUUUUCACUUUCUCUCCCUUACCCAUUACUUCUACAUCAGUCACUGGCAGUAAUUUUCAAGUCUAUUUUUAUUUUUUCCCUCUGUAUCAGUAAACUACUUACCACCCACUAAAAUUUCCUUACAUCAUCAUAUUUUACUGGUAUUAACUUGCAGGUGCUAUCAACAAUGCUCCUCAGACUUUCACCAGGUCGUAACUGGUACGGAAUAACUGGACUAGCACUUGCUUUUCUGUAUCAGUAUCUGCUAAGUUGUGCUGGAUUGAGAGCCUUUGUUUUGUAUGGUAGAUAUGGGGAUAACUCACGCCAUGGGUUUUUGGAUGCCAAUCGCGAAGGUCUUUGUUCUUGUGCUGGGUAUUUGGCCUUGUAUUUUAUUGGUGUUCAAGUAGGAAAAUUUCUCUUUCAGGAAAGGUGAGUGACAAUCCCUCCUGGCAGGGGUAGGGAGGGGCACUGCUUUGUUACACAGGCAAUGUAGGUAUUACCAACGUUAGAAGUAGGGUUUUUGAGCACUUUAAUCUUUUAAGCCCUAGCUAUCCAGGUGGCAAUCUGGCGGUCCCAGGUUUGAGUUCCGCUUUGGCCUCUUGCUGGAUUUGUUCUCGGUUGUCCUGAGUUCAAAUCCUCGGCCUUGCUUGUAAAUAGCCAACUGGUUGCCUCCUGCUGGUUGGAGUUCUUAAACCUGUUAUGUUAUAUUUGAAUUAUUUGUUUCUAAGUAUUUGAGAGCAGUGCCUGUAAACUAGCUGGAUAAGGUAAGUGCACUUUCCACUACAAACAAACUUUAUUUAUUAUCCAGCAGAUACAAAUUCUCCAGACAGAUCUUAUAUUUCCUUAAAGAGCUGAGGGAAUUUGAUAAAAGAUCAGUGCACUUCCUCGUUUUAAUCACUUUAUUGCUUCUUAUAAUCCAUUUUCUUUAUUGUGUAUCGAUUGUUGGGUGGAAAUUGUCAUUGUUCAUUCUUGGUUAGUAAGGGACAGAGUAUUUAUAGAAAUCAGAGGAUUUUGGUCUAGAAUAGGAUGUCACUCAACAAAAGUUUACUAGGCUCAUAGUUAGUCUGGGAAAGGGUAGAGAGUUUUGGUGCCUGGUGUUGAAUAGAGUUGCAAAAUUGUAGAUGAACAUGGUCUAGUUUAGGCCGAUGGUUCUAAAGGUGAUGUUACAGGGGACGAUUCGCAACGACGAUUUUGUCAUGUAGCAGCUGCUCGGAAGAGAAGUCACCACUGGUGCGUUUCCCUGACUCCAAAACAAUACUAAAACAAUUGAAAGAAUGACAUGUCAUUGUUUCCAGCGACCAAUCAGGAGAGACCUUCUGGGCAGCUGCAACACAACUGUGAUUUUACAACUGCGAUUUUUAGUGCAACACAGCGUUGCAAUGCUGGACCAAUGUUGUAACCAUUCGAAACAAUGUCGCAACAAUGUUGCAACGCUGUGUGUUGCGCUAAAAAUCGUCGUUGCGAAUCGUCGCGUGUAACAUCACCUUAGAGCGGUUUUCACUUGACUGUCGAAAGUAAUUGAGGAAUUGGUUUGGUUUUUGUUUUACUACGCCCUUUGGUUGGCUAGUGUGUUUACUUUGGUUUUGGUUUUACGACAGUCAAGUGAAAACCGCUCUAAAGGGUUCCAUGGUUUCGGCAGCAUCUUCCCGCCAAUAAAUUCCUUGUUGACCUACAAGACUGUUCGUGUAUUUAACUUAGUAUAAGAACUAGUGAUGUUUGGCUGAAAUAACUAUGUAAUAAUAGUUAAUAACAAAUAAUAAACAAAUUGUUUUUAAGUACGCUUUCUUUUUUCAUACCAUCAUAGGAGUACUGUUGGGCAGUGGAUAAAAGCGUUUUUUGUCCUUGUUACAGCAGAUGUUGUUUUUUAUCUUUUGCUUGAAGCAUCUCAACUGUACGUUAGUCCAAUUUCAAGAAGAAUGGCAAAUUUAUCCUUUGUACUCUGGCAGGUAAAAUUUGCUCCAAGUCUUCUCGAUUAAUCACGUAUUAAUCAGAUCGUACUUUUUAAUUUAUUUCACGUCAGACGUUCACAUCCCUUAUAUCAUUUCCUUUAGGCGUGUUGUAUUGUUGGUCAAGUCGCCCGAAAAUCAAUCUCGCCCGAAGUUAUACCACUCGAAACCAGACUGCCAUGUCGCCUAAAAUUUUUACUCAAGUCGCCUGAAAAU